AUGUCUGGCCUCGAGCCUCUGGCAGCCCUCGGGCUUGCCUGCAGCGUCAUGCAGACGAUAACGUUCGCUGGACAGACUCUCUCACUGUGCAGGAAGAUCUCUAAAGAUGGACAGCCGGACCCCGCUCUCAACGAUUACAGUCUAGAACUGUCAAAAAUCUCUGAGACGCUGAAGAGCAAUCUGAACAGAGGCACUGGUGUUCUAUCGAGCGAUGAUCUGGCUCUUCGGGACACAGCAGAGAAGUGUCUCGAUGUCGCAACCAAGUUGGCCCAAGAGAUGCAGAAUCUUUCACCUCAGAACGGCCAGAAAGGAGAUCGAAUUAGUUUUCGACUCGGAUUCAAAACACUCUUUCGGAAACCGCGCCUAGAACAGUUGGAGACCAGCCUCAGAAAUAUCCAAUCGGUCAUGAACACUCAACUUCUUGUGAGGACACUAAAUCGAGUUGAUGCCUCUACAAUCGAGCAGCAAGGCGCCCUCACUGACUCACGCCGCCUUCUGGAAGACACAAUUCAGCAGUGCUCUGCAAUAAACGAAAACAAGCUCGAUCUGAUCGCUCAGGGAAAUACGGAAACGCGAGAUCAACUGCUCCAGGCCAUGAACAAUGCGCAAUCUCGCAUGGAAGCGCACAUCAUGUCUGAGUCGUCCAAGAACACCCAACUGCUACAAACACACAUUACUGCUGUGGAAAGCAACACUCAGCGACAAAUAGACCAAUUCCAGGAAUGGAAAGACAAGCAAAAUGAGGAAGUCGGUUAUCAGCGCUUACUACAAAGCCUUAAAUUCGAAAGCAUGGAGGAACGAAAGAAUCAAAUCACUGAGAACUAUCCUCAAACAUACUGCUGGAUACUCGAGGGACCGGACGAGGAAUCCUCCCUUUCAGAGUGGACAACUGUUGAUGAGGAUGAUUCUACGGGUGGCUUCUCACCGAGAUCCAGUUUCGAUGGGGAAGGAGGACACUGGGACAGCUUCGUGGACUGGCUGGAAUCCAAAUGCCACAUCUACUGGAUCUCUGGCAAGCCAGGCUCGGGGAAGAGCACUCUGAUGAAGUUCGUCUCAUCCAAUCCCAAGACGAAAAGGCUUUUGGGCAACUGGCAGUCCGAAGUCCAGAUUUUCUCGCACUACUUCUGGAAAGCAGGAUCAGAGAUACAACAAAGUUUGAAGGGCCUACUAUGCUCUUUGAUGUACCAGAUCUUUUGUGAGAACAGACAGAUGGCUUUGAAUUACCUUCACAAGACACGUGGCAUCUGCCAGAAACCGUCAUCAAGCGCGGAUUGGGACACAGAGAAACUAGAAGCUCUUCUUCAAAACUGUGUUUCGGAAUCCACAAGUGGAAUUUGUCUGUUCAUUGACGGCUUGGACGAAUUCUCCCCUCAAGGGGACUAUCAUGAUCUUCUCUUCCUCCUGGAUAGGCUCUCGGGACCACGAGUCAAACUAUGUCUUUCGAGCCGCCCGGAACAGGUCUUGCGAAACCAUCUCCAGGUUCACGCAAGUCUCAGAAUGCAGGACUUGACAGAAAAUGACAUGAGAAAAUAUGCCACAGGAUGCUUGCACCGGGCCAUCUCACCAACAGGCCAGAAACUACGCAUCAAAGCCUUCGUGCAUUCCAUCAUCUGCAAGGCCGAUGGGGUAUUCCUCUGGGUUGUUCUAGUUUCCAAGAGUCUCGCAAGGGGAAUCGAGAACGGUGACUCUGAUACUGAACUUGGGCAGAGACUUGAGUCGAUGCCGGGAGACCUAGCAGCACUGUACAAAGACAUGUGGUCGAGGCUAAACGAUGACUGUGGGAUUUACCAGAAGAGUUCUUCUUGGUUCUUUAACAUCAUAUUUGCGGCGGAAUAUACGGUAGAGGAGAGGGUGCACUCCAGAACCCUUCAGUGCCUGAAGCGAGGGUCGGUGUCUGUCUUUGAGCUGAUGGCUGCUGCUGACGCGACUGUCUUGGAUCGAUUCUUGGACCGUGGUGAGGAGUUCUCCACCGCAGAGAUUGAUAAGAGGUGCUCUCACGUUGCGAGGGCAGUCGAGAUCCGAUCAGCCGGACUUCUUGAAGUGUCCAACGAGCUUCCUAGGAGGAACAGUAUGGUGCACUAUGCAAAAAUGAAGGUCCUGUUCAUUCACCGGACAGCUCGCGACUUUCUCCUUGAAAAUGAGGACGGGCGGCGCCUCUGGCAGACCAGCGAGAUAUCCGUAAAUGACGCCCGUACGAGACUGAUCAGAGCUUGCUUACUGCGUUGCUACGUUUGGCCGUUUCCUAAGGACAUCAAACACCUUUUCAGAUACAGCGAGCUUAGCUCAUUUCUACUCUCAGUCAGCCGUACCGUGGACAAGGAUGGUGAUCCUCCAGAAGAUCUCACAUCGGCCAUUGAAAGGGCCUACGAGACAAGAAGACUGUGGUCAAGAUUCGCAGACAUGGGUCUCAAGGCACGGAACUUACCUAGGCGAGAUCCGAAAUUGAUCGAGGCCAAAUUUCUCCUCUGGGCAGGCUUGUCAGGGCUCGUGCGCUACACUGCCGGUCGAAUACUUCAGGUGCAACCAAGGAAUGGCCCUGAUUCAAUCCUGGAUGCGCUUCUGUACGGCUUUUGCCAUAGAGUUGAGAACAUUAGGGAUGAAGAAACUGUGUAUGAGGACCGAGGCCCAUUGAUCCAGUGCCUGUUACAGCAGGGUGCUGCCCCCAACGGCAACGAUGAUGCCUUGACAAGCCCCUGGGUUCUCUAUCUCAGCACGAUCUUGAGGAGACUUUCACAUUAUAGGACAGCUAUGGGCUCGAGCGUUAGCCGCAAAGCCUCUGGAGAGGUCUCGAAGACUUUGAGGGUGUUUCUUGAAGCAGGCGCUUCCCUCUCAGGCAAUAUCCCGGUGCGAGUUUCGCUCACUGGCACUCAGCUUAGCUACAAAUGCGUCAAGGUUUGUCUAGAAGAGGUCCACUUUGCUUACAGUGGUCCGUCGAUGGUCAUCCUCAGUGUCAACCACGUAUGGCUGAUCAAUGGAAUUCUCGAGCAACUCGAUCCAGAGGCCAACAUGGCGAACAUAGGGCACGAGCAAGUGCAACCAUGUGCCAGGGUAGUAAUGGCCGCGCACAAAGCGAACAUACAAGAUGACCGGCCUCGAUGCUGGUCAAUGCCUGAUGAGGAUGCUUCGAAGAUCACCGCCCAGAUUGUUUCCCGUUUAAGAGGUUCUGCUAGGGCCUCUACCAUGGCUCGAGAGGAGGCGAUGAGGCAACUGCAAAGCAUGAUGUCAGAGGUCAAAGGAAGAAGCAAGCUGGUUGACGAAGAUGGAGUUCCGGGGUUCUGCAGAGAGGGGAAAAACUUCCGCCCUGGCUGGUGA